UCCCCGGUCACUCUCUCUCUCUCUCCUCCCUCCCUCCUCUCUCUCCCACGCACGCCGCCCUCCCCUACUCCGCCCUCUCCCACUCGCUCUGCCCCCGCCCCUCCUCCCUUCACCGACGAGCACCUGCUCUGCCCCCUGGAGGUCGCCGCUCGUCGCCAUCCCCAAAUUGCAUCCUCCCCUGACGAAUCGCUCGCGCCGGAAGCUAAAGCAGGCCGCGCAGGAAGCCAAAGCAGGCCGGACACGCCGGCGCGCAGGAAGCCAAAGCAGGCCGGAAUCGCCGGCGCGCAGGAAGAAGGCGCGGCCGCGGAGGCGAGCGCCGGCGGAGGGGUGCGCGCCGCGGAGGCGAGCGCCGGCGGAGGCACGGCCUCGGCGGAGGCGCCCGUGGCGCGCCGAGCUAGCACGGCCGCGGCGUAGGCGCCCGGCGGGGAGCUCCGGCCCGAGAGCUCCUCCCUCCCUGGCACGCUCACUCCCCGGCUUCGCGCCUCCAUCCUCCCUCCUCCCUCCCCCUCCCGCGGCGGCAGGGCUAGAGCUCGCGCGCGCACCGGCCGCGGCGGCGGAGCCUAUCUCGGCUGCUUCGGAUCCGGCGAGCGCACCGCGGGGCUCCCUCCCUCUUGCUCCUCCCUCGCCCUUCCUCCUCCAUGGCGGCCGGAUCCACGCAGGGCUCGCCGUCAAGGAGGUGGAGGCCAUGGAUGAGACGGUCCCCGCGCCGCAGCUCCGGCCGGCCCCUCCCUCCUCUCCAGCGCGGGCGGCCCUCCGUCCCCCUCCCUCCUCUCCGGCGGCGGAGAGCUGCGCAGCCCCCUCCUCCCUCCACGGCGGUACGGCGACGAGCGCGAGCUGCGCGGCAGAGGUGGAGGCAGAGGUGCGCGCGGGGCGGACCGUCGGCGACGCGCGCCGAGCUGCGCGCGGGGCAGGCCGUUGGCCAUCCAUGGCGCCGCGCCUCCUCUGCGGCGGGCCUGUACGACAGUGUGCGCGACGGGGGAGCCAAGCGGCGACGCCGGCGGUUGGGGACGGACGCGCGAUGGACACGGGGUCCCGCGCCGCGUCCGAUAGCAGCUCGUCCGUACCGCGCGGUAUUUGGCGGAGCGGAGGCCGUCCGCUGCUUUAGCGUACCCGUGUAGCGCACCCGUUGCAGUAAUUUUUUCGGUAGUAUGGUACUGCAGUAUGGCGUUGCGGAUGGGUUACCGCACCCCGUACGAACAGUCUUAGCUAACAGUCUAUUUGGCGUGGGCCAAACUGGGCCUUCUUGGACGGAGGAGAGACACGACAUCGUCCGAGGCCGGAGAGGAUUGACGCACGCGCUGAUGCGCCGCUCUGUUUCAGUCAGCGAUGGGACGGACGACGGUUUCAGAAUUCAGAUCCAGCAGCUCUCUGUCGCCGCCGUCUCCCGUCCAAUCCACCAGCCGCCUUUUCCCUAUAUAAACCGCUAUCUCCUCGCCAGUCGGGCGCGCUCCGCAUCCGCCAAUCCUUCGCCUACCUGCCGCCAGUGCAUCGAGGAGAGUUUGGGGGACCGGCCGGCGCGGAAGGGACCGACCCCCCAGAGUUGAGUUCCCAUGGCUUCUGAAUCAGGGGACGGCAACUGCGAUGCUUGGGCAGCGAGAGAUCCUUCUGGAGUUCUCUCACCAUACAAGUUUGACCGCAGGUCAGUGCAAAGUGGCGAUGUUUCGCUGAAGAUUACACACUGUGGAGUCUGUUAUGCUGACGUUAUUUGGACACAAAAUAGGCACAAUGAUUCGAAAUAUCCUUUGGUUCCUGGGCAUGAGAUAGCAGGAGUUGUAACUGAGGUCGGUUCAGACGUCAAAGGCUUUAAAGUAGGUGACCAUGUAGGUGUUGGAACCUAUGUGAACUCAUGCCGAGAUUGUGAGAAUUGCAAUAGCUCUCUAGAGAACCACUGCCCAAGAUCAGUUUUUACUUUCAAUGGCAUUGAUACAGAUGGCACUGUCACAAAAGGGGGUUACUCCACUCACAUUGUAGUCCAUGAAAGGUACUGCUUCAAAAUACCAGAUGGCUACCCUUUGGCAAAGGCAGCACCUCUUCUAUGUGCCGGAAUUACUGUGUAUACUCCAAUGAUGCGACACAACAUGAACCAACCUGGAAAAUCACUAGGGGUCAUUGGACUAGGUGGGCUGGGUCACAUGGCAGUGAAAUUUGGUAAAGCCUUUGGUCUUAAGGUCACAGUUUUCAGUACAAGUGAAUCAAAGAGAGAUGAAGCCAUCAACCUCCUUGGAGCAGAUAAUUUUGUUAUAUCAUCAAACACACAGCAGAUGGAGUCCCUCAAAAACUCUCUGCACUUCAUAGUUGACACUGCUUCUGGUGACCAUCCAUUUGAUCCGUAUCUCUCACUCCUUAAGGUUGGUGGUGUGAUGGCAAUAGUGUGCUUUCCAAGUGAGAUCAAAGUGCAUCCUGCAAGCCUUAAUCUUGGUGCACGUACCUUGUCUGGUAGUAUUACUGGAGGUACAAAAGACAUCCAAGAAAUGGUUAACUUCUGUGCAGCAAACAAAAUCUAUCCAGAGAUUGAGAUCAUCAAGAUAGAUUAUAUCAAUGAGGCUCUCACAAGGCUCGUCAAUCGAGACGUGAAAUACCGCUUCGUAAUCGACAUAGAGAACUCUUUCAAGUAGCAUGCCUCAUUCUCAUGCUCUCGUCUUUCUGUCGAUGUAUGAGGAAGCACGUGUGGGAAUCAUGUCGCCAUGUCGGAUAAACUUGAUGUAAUGCUGCAUUGCAUUUGUAUUAUUCUUAUUUCUUAGUGUGUGUUGUGCGGUUACCUGCACUCCUAUAUACGGUUAGCGUUGCCUGCAUCGUAUGACCAAUUGGCAGCGACGCUGUACUUGGUGUGACAUUGUUGUAAAUCUUAUAGCAAUAUUAACAUACAUAAUUAUUCAACAUCAUCCGGAUGCAUGGGAACUUCACUUUC